CCGCGGCCUCACUCCACAAAACAAACCCAGCCCAGGCGGCAGAGGCCACCGCGCCCGCCAACAAGCAAAGCAAACACCUCCACCGCCGCCGCUGGCACCUCACUCCGCCGCUGAGCCCACGUAUCCUCGCGUGCACUGCACCGCGCCCGGAAUCCCGUUCCGUUCCAUUUCUCGGCCGAGUCGUCGGCUGGGGGAGUGACCGAGCGAGCGGCGAAUCGUUCCGCGGCUGCCGCUUCCGGCGCCGAGGAGCCAGGGAAGACCCGGAGCAAGUUGGCGGGCAGGUCCACGCUCAGCUGUUAUGAGCAUGAGCUCGCCCAACUCGUGGCUGUUCUCGGACAGCUCGCGGUACAGCACCCGGGCGCGGCUGCUCUUCAUGGGGCUCUCCUUCGCCAUCGGCAUCCUCACGUUCCUGCUCUACCUCGCCAUCUGGUACAUCUGCAGCAGCAGCCGCCGCCGCCGCCAACAGCGCGGCGCGGCGGCGGAAGUGGAGGCGGCGGAAGGCGGCGACUGCGGCAUGAGCGCGGACGCGAUCGCCGCGCUGCCGACGUUUACCUUCGCGUGCGACGACGGCGGCCGCGGGGAGGCGGCGGCGCUGGACUGCCCCGUGUGCCUGGGGCAGGUGGAGGCCGGGGAGAAGGUGCGGCGGCUUCCCAAGUGCGCGCACGCGUUCCACGCCGAGUGCGUCGACGCCUGGCUGCGCGCGCACUCCACCUGCCCCAUGUGCCGCGCCGCCGUCGUCGGCCCGGCCGCCGCCGCCGCCGCCACGAAGCACGCCGCCGCCGGAAGCACCGCCGCCCCGGCGCCGGCGGAGGCGCUGCCACCCGUGUAAUGCGGAGCAGCCGUCCCGUGGCCGGCGGGCCGGACCACCGCCUGGGGAUCUUCAAGUCGAUCGAACACAGACGAAUCAUGGACGAUUGGAGAAGAGCAGCAGCAGCUAGCCAUAGUGACAGCAACAUACUGAUACUAGCUAGUGUGGUAACCUACUAGGAUCAUAUAGAGACUAGAGAGAGACACAGAGGCUUAGUUAACCGCGGGGAUUUAUUAUUGGUUUGGUUCGUGCGUGCUUGUACAAAUGCACAGCGAUGUUUAUGACGUCAACUCUUGCUGCUACUGUUCCGAGCUGA